AUGCUGAAGAGCGGGAGGUUGGGUUGACUCGACCCAUACAUUUCACAUUUAGAAUAAUUUCAGACAUUUAUUUUGCAGAUAGUUGUUUGUUGGAGUUAUAACAACAUAUAAGCUAUAUCGUAGUUGUUUAUUGACUGAAAACAAGGAGUUAAUUUAAUCAGGGUAAGUUGCUAGCUAGCUAGCUAGCUAACUAACUAGCAUCCAAACGCGACAGCAGCAUCCGUGCGCGAGGGAAUAUUCUGAUUAUAUUGGCAAGAAUUAACCAGAAUCAGAGGCCUCCUGGUACGUGGGUAGGGUACUGGUGGUUUCACGUAUUGACUGACCCUUGUCCAGUGGGCGUGCCUUGUGUUGGUCUGGAGAGACAACAGCGACAGUCCGCAGUGAUUAUUGGUGCUUACUUGGUCGUCUGGCUCGGGACGCGAAAAUGAAAUCGUAUCUGCUGAUAAUUCGAACUCAAUUUAAGCUUGCUGAAUUGCUAGCACUUAGUAACUUUAUAGUCAUGGGUUGUUGCUAUCAGUAAGCAAUUCAUAUUAUUGUGCUCAAUUCCAGCCCUUUGGCUUCAUUGCCCUCGGUGUUGUCAUUAGAUACUCCCAUCCCACCCCAGCCUGGCUGUUUGGCUGGCUGUGUGGGGCCUCCCUAGUGAGCAGGCGCUUUUAUCUCUACCUCCAUCACCACCCGCUCUGUGCACAGCAGGGGGACUGAGAGCUAGACGCUAGCCUCAACAACUGUCUGACAAUAACCUACCAGAUGACGUUAUUCUUCAGGGCAUAUUAAUGGACAUAGCUAUUCUUUUAAUUGUGUGUGUGUGUUAACUCUGUGAUGUGUCUCUGAUAGGAUGAGUGGUGAUGAGAUGAACCCAGCAGCAGUGGCCCAGGCAGUGGAGGAUGUACAGGGAGAUGACCGCUGGAUGUCCCAGGUUAGUCUACGUACUGCCAGCCCAUGAUCUUGACUCUCAGUUCCAUUACACAUAAGUAUUAUUGGACGAAGGCGUCUUCUGUACGGGGGUGUUUUUUUAAGAGCCCCUACGCUCGGUCUGAACAUUAACACACAUCGCUUGCGGUAUGGUUUAUUAAUAUUAUUAAUAUGCCAUUUAGCAGACGCUUUUAUCCAAAGCGACUUACAGUCAUGCGUGCAUUACAUUUCAGAAAAAUAAGGACCUUAUCAUUCAUAUCUGCAAGAAAUCGUAAAAAAAAAAAAAGGUUAAAUUGAUACACACCUUUUAUAGGGUUAGGGUUCCCACAUGGCCAUAUUUCCAUAUUACUGUGCUAGUUUACGGAAAACAGACAGAAGACCGAGUGGACUACCUGUGCUAAUUAGCUAUCUGCGUCUCCGAACACCUUUGUGUAAACCAGAAGACGGACGCCACAAACGUAAUGCUGGGCGAUAUGGCCUAAAAAUCAUAUCUCCCCCAAAAAAUGAAGUUAUGGCCAAUUCAUGAUAUACAGAAUAUCUCGCUUUUUUUUUCAAUUUCCUUUUCUAAAUAAGCAUUGUUGCACAGUUAAAGGUCAAUACACUUCAUUUCAAACAGACAGGAAUAAUCUAAUGAAUUCAGUGCUUGUAAAAUUAUACCUAGGCUAAAUAUAAGCCUUCCACAACCAUAAGACUCACUAAUGAUGUAAUCAUUUUAGUUUAACCUGGCUUUCAAGUCUAUGAAAAUGCGUAAUUUAAUUUUUUUACACAUUUAACCAGAACCAUGCACAUCCACUAAUAAUAACCAACUUCUUGUAGCAGGCAUUAUAGAAAAUGAACACAGGUUUCAUAAACAAUCUCUUAAGCACAAGCCCACGUGCUAGUGAGUAGCAAGCUAAUCUUUAUAUGCUGAACAAAAAUAUAAACGCAACAUGCAACAAUUUCAAAGAUUUUACUGAGUUACAGUUCAUAUAAGGAAACCAGUCAAUUGAAAUAAAUAAAUUAGGCCCAAAUCUAUGGAUUUCACAUGACUGGCAAUACAGAUAUGCAUCUGUUGGUCACAGAUACCUUUAAAAAAUAAAGGUAGGGGCGUGGAUCAGAAAAGCAGUCAGUAUCUGGUGUGACCACCAUUUGCCUCAUGCAGCGUGACACAUCUCCUUCACAUAGAGUUGAUCAGGCUGUUGAUUAUGGCCUAUGGAAUGUUGUCCCACUCGUCUUCAAUGGCUGUGCAAAGUUGCUGGAUAUUGGCAGGACACGCUGUCGUACACGUCGAUCCAGAGCAUCCCAAAGAUGUUCAAUGGGUGGCAUGUCUGGUGAGUAUGAAGGCCAUGGAAGAACUGGGACAUUUUCAGCUGGCAGGAAUCUUGUACAGAUCCUUGCGACAUGGCGCUGUGCAUUAUCAUGCUGAAACAUGAGGUGAUGGCGGCGGAUGAAUGGCACGACAAUCUGCAUCAGGAUCUCAUCACGAUAUCUGUGCAUUCAAAUUGCCAUCGAUAAAAUGCAAUUGUGUUCGUUGUCCAUAGCUUAUGCCUACCCAUACCAUAACCCCACCGCCACCAUGGGGCACUCUGUUCACAACGUUGACAUCAGUAAACCAUUUGCCCACACGGCGCCAUACACGUGGUCUGCGGUUUUGAGGCUGGUUGGGCGUACUGCCAAAUUCUCUAAAAUGACAUUGGAGGCGGCUUAUGAUAGAGAAAUGAACAUUCAGUACUCUGGCAACAGCUCUGGUGGACACUCCUGCAGUCAGCAUGCCAAUUGCACGUUCCCUCAACUUCAGACAUCUGUGGCAUUGUGUUGCGUUACCAAACUGCACAUUUUAGUGGCCUUUUAUUGGCCCCAGCACAAGGUGCACCUGUGUAAUGAUCAUGCUGUUUAAUCCGCUUCUUGAUAUGCCACACCUGUCAGGUGGAUGGAUUAUCUUGGCAAAGGAGAAAUGCUCACUAACAGGGAUGUAAACAAAUUUGUGCACAACAUUUGAGAGAAAUAAGCAUUUUGUGCAUAAGGAACAUUUCUGGGCUCUUUUAUUUCAGCACAUGAAACAUGGGACCAACACUUUACAUGUUGCGUUUUUGUUCAGUGUAUUUAAAGUCUAGCCAAUUUAGAUCUAUUUGCUUGCUAACGAGGCAGAACAGUUGAACUGUUAUGAGUACACCCUCUGAACAGCAUGCUAGCCUGUCCACUUUGUUCAGAUGUUGAAGUCAAGUGGCCUACCUGGAUAAGAAGAUGCUUUGUUCUCAGAAUGAGAACUAGUUGCGAAUUCCUUAUAUAAAUGUGUCUUUUUAUGCUCAUUGCACAUUUUAUAAAGCACAGACUAGACAGCUAGCACUUAAGUCUAAAAUGCUGCUAGCGGUACCGCAAUGCCGCGUGCGACAGUAACCGAGCAUUAAUUUUCCACAAUCAUGUUCAUUGAUACUCUCAUUUUGGUAGGGUCUGCUCUGUUCUGUAUUUUGGGUAUUGUUCGAAAGGUUAAGUUCUCGUCUAUUACAGUAAAAUAGUGUCUCUUAAGCGUUUCGGUGUCCAUAUGACCAAUUCUGUUGGACCAAUCCUCAAAUGCAAAUGGCGAGUUUAAAGUGCUUGUUGUCAGAGAAGAAUAAGUUAUAUUUUGUUGUUGUGAGUGGCAGGGGGAGGGGCUUGGUGUCUGUGUGUGUGGGAAGAUGCACAGUGCACAGAAGGAGCGAAGGCGAGACCAAAAAUACAUAAAUGUUUAACAAGUAUCUACAGUGAGGGGGAAAAAGUAUUUGAUCCCCUGCUGAUUUUGUACGUUUGCCCACUGACAAAGACAUGAUCAGUCUAUAAUUUUAAUGGUAGGUUUAUUUGAACAGUGAGAGACAGAAUAACAACAAAAACAUCCAGAUAAACGCAUGUCAAAAAUGUUAUAAAUUGAUUUGCAUUUUAAUGAGGGAAAUAAGUAUUUGACCCCUCUGCAAAACAUGACUUAGUACUUGGUGCCAAAACCCUUGUUGGCAAUCACAGAGGUCAGACCUUUCUUGACGUUGGCCACCAGGUUUGCACACAUCUCAGGAGGGAUUUUGUCCCACUCCUCUUCGCAGAUCUUCUCCAAGUCAUUAAGGUUUCGAGGCUGACGUUUGGCAACUCAAACCUUCAGCUCCCUCCACAGAUUUCCUAUGGGAUUAAGUUCUGGAGACUGGCUAGGCCACUCCAGGACCUUAUGUGCCUCUUCUUGAGCCACUCCUUUGUUGCCUUGGCCGUGUGUUUUGGGUCAUUGUCAUGCUGGAAUACCCAUCCACAACCCAUUUUCAAUGCCCUGGCUGAGGGAAGGAGGUUCUCACCCAAGAUUUGACAGUACAUGGCCCCGUCCAUCGUCCCUUUGAUGCGGUGAAGUUGUCCUGUCCCCUUAGCAGAAAAACACCCCCAAAGCAUAAUGUUUCCACCUCCAUGUUUGACGGUGGGGAUGGUGUUCUUGGGGUCGUAGGCAGCAUUCCUCCUCCUCCAAACACGGCGAGUUGAGUUGAUGCCAAAGAGCUCGAUUUUGACCACAACACUUUCACCCAGUUCUCCUCUGAAUCAUUCAGAUGUUCAUUGGCAAACUUCAGACGGCCCUGUAUAUGUGCUUUCUUGAGCAGGGGGACCUUGCGGACGCUGCAGGAUUUCAGUCCUUCACGGCGUAGUGUGUUACCAAUUGUUUUCUUGGUGACUAUGGUCCCAGCUGCCUUGAGAUCAUUGACAAGAUCCUCCCGUGUAGUUCUGGGCUGAUUCCUCACCGUUCUCAUGAUCAUUGCAACUCCACGAGGUGAGAUCUUGCAUGGAGCCCCAGGCCGAGGGAGAUUGACAGUUAUUUUGUGUUUCUUCCAUUUGCGAAUAAUCGCACCAACUGUUGUCACCUUCUCAGCAAGCUGCUUGGCGAUGGUCUUGUAGCCCAUUCCAGCCUUGUGUAGGUCUACAAUCUUGUCCCUGACAUCCUUGGAGAGCUCUUUGGUCUUGGCCAUGGUGGAGAGUUUGUAAUCUGAUUGAUUGCUUCUGUGGACAGGUGUCUUUUAUACAGGUAACAAACUGAGAUUAGGAGCACUCCCUUUAAGAGUGUGCUCCUAAUCUCAGCUCGUUACCUGUAUAAAAGACACCUGGGAGCCAGAAAUCUUUCUGAUUGAGAGGGGGUCAAAUACUUAUUUCCCUCAUUAAAAUGCAAAUCAAUUUAUAACAUUUUUGACAUGCGUUUUUCUGGAUUUUUUUGUUAUUCUUUCUCUCACUGUUCAAAUAAACCUACCAUUAAAAUUAUAGACUGAUCAUUUCUCUGUCAGUGGGCAAACAUACAAAAUCAGCAGGGGAUCAAAUACUUUUUUCCCUCACUGUAGAUUGUUACGAUACAGGCAGUUGGAACAUCGUGCUAAAACAUACAUUCUAACUAAUUUGUUAUAUCGCCCAGCCCUACACAAACGUGUUGUCACUGAAAAAUACUGUCGGCUGCAACUGUUAAAACGGUGUACAGUAAGUGUUUAUUUUGCGUUUGAAAUUAUUUAGAUGUGAUAUGAAAGUAGAGGGAUUUAUGUUUAUAGAACUGUAGCACAAUUGAGAAUUGAUUCAAGUUUAGAAGGAGUAUUUGGCUGUUUUGGCUUUCAGAGCCAGUUCGCCUUUAAACAGAACCUGUAAGGUCCUUGGACUAUAAGGAACACCAAGUCAUACUGUCCUGUCAUCAGCUGACCCAGAGGUCACUGAUUGUUGGCAAUACAUCUGUCUAGAGAACAUAGAGCAGGGUUCCCCAAGUUUGUUUUUAUUUGGCCCCCCAAGUUUUCUGAGCAAAAAAAUAAUAUGUAUUUGUAUUAUUAUUGUUGGACAUGACUGUAGAAAAUACCAGCAAAUCAGCCCCAAGUGAUUUUAAUUUUGAAAAAUCUGUUCCAAAGUAUUCUCACACAUAAUAGAGAUCUACUGUAUGUGAUCGUAUACAAAUGUAAGCAAGAUUUGAAAUUACUAUGUUUUAGUCAAAUAUUAUAUCUGUUUGGGCUUCUUGCAGUCUACAAAUUAUUUGUAGUUAUGUUCCGGCCCCCUGACCAACCCCUCAAGAAAAUAAUCGGCCCACGGCUGAAUCUAGUUGAUGAUCCCUGGCAUAGAGGAAACCUAACAUGGCUGAAACAGAGUGUCAUUACCCUCCUAUGUCCAUCUCUAUCUGCACCAACAUUAUCCUGUUGUGUAGUAGAGUGUCUGCCUGGUGAUGACAUCAUGUUGUUGUUUCUGCAGCACACACGGUUUGUUCAGGAGUGUAAGGACGCGGAGCCGGAGGUGCUGUUUAUAGGAGACUCCAUGGUCCAGCUAAUGCAGCAGUACGAGGUGAGAGAGGACAGCUGCCUGUGUAUACAUACUGUGUUAUAUCACUUAUAAUUCUGUGUGUGGUGUGUGUGUUGACCUCAGUACAUGUGUUAGUUGUUUUCUUUGUGCUUUGACCCUGGUGGUUUUCAAUCGUAGUAGUGAGAGCCUGUUGUCUAUGCUUUGGUGUGGCAGUUUGAAUGAUGUUUGUAGAGGCCUCUGGUAGUAUUUUACACUAAUCCUUGUCCUGGAUCUAUACCUGCCAAACAUUGAAGUGUUUUUGAAUAUUUAUUUUUCGGGACAACUAAGUCCAAACUGUGUGUGUGUGUGUGUGUGUGUGUGUGUGUGUAUGUAUUAUAUAUACAGUGGGGAGAACAAGUAUUUGAUACACUGCCGAUUUUGCAGGUUUUCCUACUUACAAAGCAUGUAGAGGUCUGUAAUUUUUAUCAUAGGUACACUUCAACUGUGAGAGACGGAAUCUAAAACAAAAAUCCAGCAUUUUAUUGCAUGACAUAAGUAUUUGAUCGCCUACCAACCAGUAAGAAUUCCGGCUCUCACAGACCUGUUAGUUUUUCUUUAAGAAGCCCUCCUGUUCUCCACUCAUGACCUGUAUUAACUGCACCUGUUUGAACUCGUUACCUGUAUAAAAGACACCUGUCCACACACUCAAUCAAACACACUCCAACCUCUCCACAAUGGCCAAGACCAGAGAGCUGUGUAAGGACAUCAGGGAUAAAAUUGUAGACCUGCACAAGGCUGGGAUGGGCUACAGGAAAAUAGGCAAGCAGCUUGGUGAGAAGGCAACAACUGUUGGCGCAAUUAUUAGAAAAUGGAAGAAGUUCAAGAUGACGGUCAAUCAUCCUCGGUCUGGGGCUCCAUGCAAGAUCUCACCUUGUGGGGCAUCAAUGAUCAUGAGGAAGGUGAGGGAUCAGCCCAGAACUACAUGGCAGGACCUGGUCAAUGACCUGAAGAGAGCUGGGACCACAGUCUCAAAGAAAACCAUUAGUAACACACUACGCCGUCAUGGAUUAAAAUCCUGCAGCGCACGCAAGGUCCCCCUGCUCAAGCCAGCGCAUGUCCAGGCCCGUCUGAAGUUUGCCAAUGACCAUCUGGAUGAUCCAGAGGAGGAAUGGGAGAAGGUCAUGUGGUCUGAUGAGACAAAAAUAGAGCUUUUUGGUCUAAACUCCACUCGCCGUGUUUGGAGGAAGAAGAAGGAUGAGUACAACCCCAAGAACACCAUCCCAACCGUGAAGCAUGGAGGUGGAAACAUCAUUCUUUGGGGAUGAUUUUCUGCAAAGGGGACAGGACGACUGCACCGUAUUGAGGGGAGGAUGGAUGGGGCCAUGUAUCGCAAGAUCUUGGCCAACAACCUCCUUCCCUCAGUAAGAGCAUUGAAGAUGGGUCGUGGCUGGGUCUUCCAGCAUGACAACGACCCGAAACACACAGCCAGGGCAACUAAGGAGUGGCUCCGUAAGAAGCAUCUCAAGGUCCUGGAGUGGCCUAGCCAGUCUCCAGACCUGAACCCAAUAGAAAAUCAUUGGAGGGAGCUGAAAGUCCGUAUUGCCCAGCGACAGCCCCGAAACCUGAAGGAUCUGGAGAAGGUCUAUAUGGAGGAGUGGGCCAAAAUCCCUGCUGCAGUGUGUGCAAACCUGGUCAAGACCUACAGGAAAUGUAUGAUCUCUGCAAUUGCAAACAAACGUUUCUGUACCAAAUAUUAAGUUCUGCUUUUCUGAUGUAUCAAAUACUUAUGUCAUGCAAUAAAAUACAAAUUAAUUACUUAAAAAUCAUACAAUGUGAUUUUCUGGAUUUUUGUUUUAGAUUCCGUCAGUGUACCUAUGAUAAAAAUUACAGACCUCUACAUGCUUUGUAAGUAGGAAAACCUGCAAAAUCGGCAGUGUAUCAAAUACUUGUUCUCCCCACUGUGUGUGUGUGUGUGUAUGUAUAUAUAUAUAUAUAUAUAUAUAUAUAUAUAUAUAUAUAUAUAUAUAUAUAUAUAUAUAUAUAUAUAUAUACAGGUAAAAGUCAGUAAAUUAGAAUAUUUUGAAAAACUUGAUUUAUUUCAGUAAUUGCAUUCAAAAGGUGUAACUUGUACAUUAUAUUUAUUCAUUGCACACAGACUGAUGCAUUCAAAUGUUUAUUUCAUUUAAUUUUGAUGAUUUGAAGUGGCAACAAAUGAAAAUCCAAAAUUCCGUGUGUCACAAAAUUAGAAUAUUGUGUAAGGGUUACAUUUUGAAGACACCUGGUGCCACAAAAUAAUCAGCUGAUUAACUCAAAACACCUGCAAAGGGCUUUAAAUGGUCUCUCAGUCCAGUUCUGAAGCCUACACAAACAUGGGGAAGACUUCAGAUUUGACAGCUGUCCAAAAGGCGACCAUCGACACAUUGCACAAGGAGGGAAAGACACAAAAGGUUAUUGCAGAAGAGGCUGGCUGUUCUCAGAGCUCUGUGUCCAAACACAUUAAUAGAGAGGCAAAGGGAAGGAAAAAACUGUGGUCAGAAAAAGUGUACAAGCGAUAGGGAUCACCGCGCCCUAGUCAAGAUUGUGAAAAAAAACCCAUUCAAAAAUGUGGGGGAGAUUCACAAGGAGUGGACAGCUGCUGGAGUCAGGGCUUCAAGAUCCACCACCAAGAGACGCUUGAAAGACAUGGGUUUCAACUGCCGCAUACCUCGUGUCAAGCCACUGUUGACCAAGAAACAGCGCGAAAAGCGUCUCACCUGGGCUAAGGAAAAAAAGAGCUGGACUGCUGCUGAGUGGUCUAAAGUCAUGUUUUCUGACGAAAGCAAAUUUUGCAUUUCCUUUGGAAAUCGAGGUCCCAGAGUCUGGAGGAAGACAGGAGAGGCACAGGAUCCACGUUGCCUGAAGUCUAGUGUAAAGUUUCCACCAUCAGUGAUGGUUUGGGGUGCCAUGUCAUCUGCUGGUGUCGGUCCACUCUGUUUCCUGAGAUCAAGGGUCAACGCAGCCGUCUACCAGCAAGUUUUAGAGCACUUCAUGCUUCCUGCUGCUGACCUGCUCUAUGGAGAUGGAGAUUUCAGGUUCCAACAGGACUUGGCGCCUGCACACAGCGCAAAAUCUACCCGUGCCUGGUUUACGGACCAUGGUAUUUCUGUUCUAAAUUGGCCAGCCAACUCCCCUGACCUUAGCCCCAUAGAAAAUCUGUGGGGUAUUGUGAAAAGGAAGAUGCAGAAUGCCAGACCCAACAACGCAGAAGAGUUGAAGGCCACUAUCAGAGCAACCUGGCCUCUCAUAACACCUGAGCAGUGCCAGAAACUCAUCGACUCCAUGCCACGCCGCAUUAAUGCAGUAAUUGAGGCAAAAGGAGCUCCAACCAAGUAUUGAGUAUUGUACAUGCUCAUAUUUUUCAUUUUCAUACUUUUCAGUUGGCCAACAUUUCUAAAAAAUCCCUUUUUUGUAUUAGCCUUAAGUAAUAUUCUAAUUUUGUGACACACGGAAUUUUGGAUUUUCAUUUGUUGCCACUUCAAAUCAUCAAAAUUAAAUGAAAUAAACAUUUGAAUGCAUCAGUCUGUGUGCAAUGAAUAAAUAUAAUGUACAAGUUACACCUUUUGAAUGCAAUUACUGAAAUAAAUCAAGUUUUUCAAAAUAUUCUAAUUUACUGACUUUUACCUGUGUAUAUACACACACACACACACACACACACACACACACACACACACACACACACACACACACACACACACACAGUACCAGUCAAAAGUUUGGACACACCUACUCAUCAAAACUAUGAAAUAACACAUAUGGAAUCAUGUAGUAACCAAAAAAGUAUUAAACAAAUCGAAAUAUAUUUUAUAUUUGAGGUUCUUCAAAGUAGCCACCCUUUGCCUUGAUGACAGCUUUGGCAAAAACAGCUAAAAUAACCAAAGAGAAACGACAGUCCAUCAUUACUUUAAGACAUGAAGGUCAGUCAAUUCAGAACAUUUCAAGAACUUUGAAAGUUUCUUCAAGUGCAGUCGCAAAAACCAUCAAGCGCUAUGAUGAAACUGGCUCUCAUGAGGACCGCCACAGGAAAGGAAGACCCAGAGUUACCUCUGCUGCAGAGCAUAAGUUCAUUAGUUACCAGCCUCAGAAAUUGCAGCCCAAAUAAAUGCUUCACAGAGUUCAAGUAACAGACACAUCUCAACUGUUCAGAGGAGACUGCGUGAAUCAUGCCUUCAUGGUCGAAUUGCUGCAAAGAAACCACUACUAAAGGACACCAAUAAGAAGAGACUUGCUUGGGCCAAGAAACAUGAGCAAUGGACAUUAAACCGGUGAAAAUCUGUCCUUUGGUCUGAUGAGUCCAAAUUUGAGAUUUUUGGUUCCAACCGCUGUGUCUUUGUGAGACGCAGAGUAGAUGAACGGAUAAUCUACGCAUGUGUGGUUCCCACCAUGAAGCAUGGAGGAGGAGGAGGUGUGGGGGUGCUUUGCUGGUGACACUGUUGGUGAUUUAUUUAGAAUUCAAGGCACACUUAACCAGCAUGGCUACCACAGCAUUCUGCAGUAAUACGCCAUCCCAUCUGGUUUGCGCUUAUUGGGACUCAUUUGUUUUUCAACAGGACAAUGACCCAAUAAUAUUAAUAUGCCAUUUAGCAGACGCUUUUAUCCAGCAUAUUGGCAGCUUCAUUAAAUAGUACCCACAAAUCACCAGUCUCAACGUCAACAGUGAAGAGGUGACUCCGGGAUGCUGACCUUCUAGGCAGAGUUGCAAAGAAAAAGCCAUAUCUCAGACUGCCCAUCUUAAUCUUUUAUUUUUAUUGGCCAGUCUGAGAUAUGGCUUUUUCUUUGCAACUCUCAUACAAAAGAGCCCAAACUCAGUGACAUUUCAAAUGUUUACUCAGUGAAGAUGUCCAGCUGAAUACAUACAUUCAAUACAGUGUCCACUUACACCCUUAACUCUCACCCCCCUUCCACAAAGAUGUACUUUUUCAUCAACCAGGAUUUCUCCAUGCUCCUCCGUGCAUAUCACAGGACUUGAGUUAUUGGGAAUACACAUUCCUACAGUCCACUGCAAUUAUGUAGAAAUGAUAAUGGACCCUUUUUUUUUAUAUUUUUCCAUCAGAUAAUCUUUGAGAACUAACAAUCACCAAAAUAAAAGCUAGACAGUCAGGGAGAAUUUAACAUUCCCAAAACAAUGAAUUUAGCAGAAUUGAUUUUAUGUUUUAGCCAAAAGAACACCAUAGCCAUAGCAAAAUGCAUGGAAUUACAGGAAAUUAGCUUUAAAACUGCAACAUUUUGUCUGAGCUCCAUGGCAAAAUGUGUAGAAUUGCAGGAAAUUAGCUUUAAAACUGUAAACAUUUCUCUACACCGCUAGGAAGGGGGCUUCUAAAGUGUUCUCUAAAAUUCAGACAGGCCGACCAUGCCUAUUGCCACGCCCCCUGCCACGCCCACCACCUAAGCCCCUUUUUGAUCAAGAAACAACCCUGUUAGCAGUGUGUUUGUAUGUUUACAUGACUCACUGUGUGCGUCCACAGAUCUGGCUGGAGCUUUUCUCUCCUCUGCACGCGCUCAACUUUGGAAUCGGGGGAGACACCACCUGUAACGUGCUGUGGAGGCUGCAGAAUGGAGAACUGGACAACAUCAGGCCCAAGGUGAGACUCAACCGGGUCAGCACAGGCCCUGAGAGAGGAAAGGGUACAUUGGACAGUUGUGGUCCUGGAAUGCUUUUCAUCCAGAUCAGGUGUUCUAAUUCUGAUCAAACUAAUCAAUAUCUCGUUGGUCCCCUCUAGGUGACGGUGGUGUGGGUAGGAACCAACAAUCAUGAGCACUCGGCAGAGCAAGUUGCAGGGGGAAUCCUUGCCAUCGCACAGCUGCUCACCUCCAGUCUUCCUAAGACUAAGGUUGUUGUUCUGGUAAGUGAAGGUUUUCCGUUUUGUUUGUCUACAGUGUGUGUCUGGAGUGUAACAUUAUGCAAUCUCAUGCAGGGUUUGCAUUCAGAUUCAGGAAGUUUAAUUGUCCCAAACCUUUGGUUUGCAUUAUCACCUCAGUGUCUAUAAUAUACUAUAUGAGCAUGUAUAUUAGAAUCAGGGAUGGGCUCAAUUCAGAAUUUAAUUGAGAAUGCUUAAUAAAUUCCAAUUCAAUUCUUGAAUUUUAAUAACAUUUGAAUUGAAGUAGAAAACAGGAUACAGAAUUGCAAUUUGAGUUUGAAUUAAAGGAAAGAGAAUUGAAUUCAGUGAAAUUCAAUGAAAUUCAAAUGCCAUUUAUAUUCUAUAUUAGGUGUAGUCUAUACAAGUAUACAUCUUGUACAUAAAACAUCAAACAUGUCGUUAUAUAAAUGCAUAUAAAUUAUUGUUGAAACAAUAGAUUUUCAGGACAAACUCUUCAAAUUAAUGAUCAAGGAAAACAAAAUCUAUAUGUGAAUAUUCUAAGUUAUAUUUCAUUAAUCCCUUACAUUUUGUUCAAUAUGGGGAAUGCAUUAGUUUAACCCUCAAGUUAACCCUGAGGCCUUCAAAAAGAAGCUAAACAAAUUAAAUGGUGGUUGGAAAUAUAAUUGGUUAUUCUAAGCACUAAGUUUAAGAGUAUAUGAACAUUGCUUCCAUAGAAAAGUGAUAUAUUCUUUAUCUGGAAGUGUGACCUGUCAGAUUAAAUUAAACAAAUGUUCUAUGACUGAAUUGAAUUUAUUUUAAUUGCGCUUAAUGAAAUUGUACUUCCUGUCACUCAAAUUCUCAUUCUACAUCCUGUGGGGUGUGGCCAAUUUAGAAUUUCAACUCAUGACUUGAAUGGGAGUCAAUUCCAAAAUUCUGAAUUGUGCCCAACCCUGAUUAGGAUGCAUGCAUUUACAGAUGUGACCUAAGCUCCUUUUAGUAACUAACCCCUACUGUCUGUACAUCUCAGGGUCUGUUGGCACGGGGCGAGCGGCCCAACCCGCUGCGGGAGAAGAACGCGGCGGUGAACGGCUUCCUGCACUCCUGGCUGCCGCGGCUGGGCCAGGCCCAGUUCCUGGACGUGGGGGCGGGCUUUGUGCACUCUGACGGGACCAUCUCCACCCGGGACAUGUUUGACUUCCUGCACCUGACGGCGGCGGGCUACCGGGCCAUCGCCAAGCCCCUCAGUGACCUACUGCUGCAGAUACUGGAGGAGACGCCUGAGGAGAAGAGGGCCUCACUGGUCUGAGGGCCACACCACAGGGGCCACACACCCACACAGCCAGGGACAUGCUUCACUGACUGACUCACUCACUCCCUCUGCUGGGGAGUAGCUGAAAGUAGCCCCAAACCACUAUUCUAGGAUCUGGUCCUAGAUAUGUGGUUAGGGUCAACUUCUACCUGGAGUCUC